AUGAUAAAGCUGACUGCCUCAAAUUAUAGUCUUUGGAGGCCUCGGAUGGAGGAUCUCUUGGACUGUAAAUAUCUGUCUGACCCUUUGGAAGAUGAAGGAAAGAAGCCAGAUAAAGUUACGGAUCAAAAUAGUCAUUGGGAGGUAACUGAUAAAGCUGUUCGUGCUGCCUCUUACCUGAUCAACAAAUCACCUUCUGCACCACUAGAAUUUGAAGUUCCUGAGGAGGCCCUAAAGAUUAGGGGUGUUCAUUCGGGUCCCAACCCGGGAACCCGGGUAUACCCAGACUGGGACUCGGGCCUUGAACCUGGGCCAGAACCCGAACUGGGUUGGUUCGGGUCAGACCCGGGCCGGAACCUUGGUGCGCACAAUAUUGGGUUCGCUCAAUGCUUUACAUUCAAGUCAAGGCUCUUUAAAUUUGCUAAUGGUAAACCUGAUCCAACACUGGAUGCAUCCCUCAUACAAACUUUGCAGAGCACAUGCCCAGAAGAUGAUGCUGAUUCUGACACCAAAUUAUCUCCCUUAGAUUCAGUCACUGCAAAUAAAUUUGAUAACAUCUAUUACGAAAACCUUGGAUUUUGCAGCAUCAAUGGUGAAGAUGGCCAGCAUAGGUGUGCUUACAGGACAGAGUGGAGAGAUUUGAAAAAACUGUAA